AUGGUCCGCGCCCAACUCCCCCUUUUGACCCUUUUGAUCCUUCUUCUUUCCGUGUUCACAACUGCCUCUUCGGAGAAGAUCUCGUUCCCUGCCGGCGGACCUAAGCCCGGUGACUUCGGUUACCCCCCGGAAGGGUAUGAGGAUGAGAAGCCCGGCACUGUGCUGCGCUCGCGCGAGAUUGAGCCUGCUCACUUUGGUAUUUUCAAGGUCCAGGCUACUGCUUACCAGCUCCUCUACCGUACUUCUGGCCUUAACUCAUCCGACCCUACUGUUGCUAUCACUACGGUGAUUAUUCCCCAGACCCACGAUAGCGAUCGUCUCGUCGUUAGCGCUACUCCUGAGGAUGCCGCCUCGUACAGGUGCCGCCCCAGUGCCCUUCUUCAGAGCCAGUUCCUUCCCCAAUUCCAGAGCAUCAUCUCUCGCAUUGAGAUGGUUCUCAGCAACAUUUACCUGCAAAAGGGAUACGUUGUCACCAUCCCCGACUACGAAGGUCCGCGCAGCGCCUUCGGUGUUGGUCAGAUUGCUGGCCACGCGAUGCUUGACGCCGCACGUGCCACCAUCAACUGGAAGAAGUCGGAGCUGAACGACAACACGAAGGUUGUCGGAGUGGGCUACUCGGGUGGUGCUAUCGCUGCCGGCUGGGCCGCGCAGCUGCAACCUAGCUACGCCUCUGAACUCAACACUGUUGGUUUCAGCUUUGGUGGCACGCCCACGAACCUCACUACGCUUAUUAACCGUGCUGAUGGUGGUCCCCUUGCUGGUCUUGUUGCGCUCGGUGCUGCUGGUGUCCUCAACGGUUUCCCUGAGCUGAAGUCCACCGCCGACAAGUACUUGACCAAGGAUGGUAAGAACGCCAUCAAGUACGUCCGCACGCAGUGCGCCUUGACUGGUUCCGUGCCGUUCGCUUUCCAGACGUUGCAGGGUCCCAAGUACGUCAAGGGUGGUCUCAAGCUCCACGAUGUGCCUGGCCUUGGCAAGGUGAUAGACAGCCUCACCCUCGGUGCUGAUGAGUCCCUGACGCCUACCGCGCCCGUGUUCAUGUUCCAUGCUACGACCGAUGAGUUCGUUCCCUACGGCGCCGCCAAGACUGCGGCCAAGCAGUGGUGCAGCCGUGGUGCGAACGUAGAGUUCCUCACGGAGACGUUCACUUCGGAGCACAUUGUCGCCUACUUAGGUACUCUUACCAAGAUGAUCGACUUUAUUGCCGAUCGCUUCAGCGGUAAGAAGUUCCACGGUGGCAAGUGCAAUUUCUCCUCGAUCUCCUCGCCCCUCUUCGACCUGGAGGACGACGCCACCCUGUUGAAGGACCUGGUCGGUGCUAUCAAGACGCUUUUCGGCGAGGCUACGGACAUGUCGCUGAGCGACAUGAUGUCGACCGACAUGAAGAGCACCUCGCUGGACAUGUGA